CUAGGUCGGCGCCGCUUCCAGUUGAGAGAUGGCGGCCGCCGCAGGUAGAUCGCUCCUGCUGCUCCUUUCCUCCCGGGGCGGCGGCGGGGGCGCCGGCGGCUGCGGGGCGCUGACUGCCGGCUGCUUCCCUGGGCUGGGCGUCAGCCGCCCCCGGCACCAGCAGCACCACCGGACGGUACGCCAAAGGCUCUCUUCCUGGCAGCACUUGAGAGUUGUCUAUUGCAGUACGGUAGUGCCCUCUGAUGACGUGACAGUGGUUUACCAAAAUGGCUUACCUGUGAUAUCGGUGAGGCUGCCAUCCCGGCGUGAGCGCUGUCAGUUCACACUCAAACCUAUUUCAGAUUCUGUUGGUGUAUUUCUACGACAGCUGCAAGAGGAAGAUAGGGGAAUUGACCGAGUAGCAAUCUAUUCACCAGAUGGUGUUCGUGUUGCCUCCUCAACAGGGAUAGACCUCUUGCUCCUUGAUGACUUCAAACUGGUCAUUAACGAUGCAACAUAUGACGUUCGACCACCAAAGAGAAACCUCCUAGGCCAUGAAAAUGCAGCCACGCUGAAUGAUGUGAAGACGUUAGUCCAGCAGCUCUACACCACGCUGUGCAUUGAGCAGCACCAGCUGAGUAAAGAAAGGGAGCUCGUGGAAAGAUUAGAAGAUCUCAAGGAGCAGCUUGCUCCCCUGGAAAAGGUUCGGAUUGAGAUCAGCAGAAAAGCAGAGAAGAGGACCACCUUGGUGCUAUGGGGUGGGCUGGCCUACAUGGCCACACAGUUUGGCAUUCUGGCCCGGCUUACCUGGUGGGAAUACUCUUGGGACAUCAUGGAGCCUGUCACCUACUUCAUUACGUAUGGAAGUGCCAUGGCAACAUAUGCCUACUUUGUAAUGACACGGCAGGAAUAUGUUUACCCAGAGGCCAGAGACAGACAAUACCUAUUAUUUUUCCAUAAAGGAGCCAAAAAGACACGUUUUGAUCUAGAGAAAUACAAUCGACUCAAGGAUGCAAUUGCUCAGGCAGAACUGGAUCUCAAGAGGCUGAGAGACCCACUGCAGAUACAUCUGCCUGUCCGACAAAUCGGUGAUAAAGUAAAGGAACUCUGAACCCUGGCAGGAAGAAUACCUGUUUAUAACUCUUGCCUUUUUAAUUAAAGCAUUGCAGGUGAAAGCCAGGAUGUUUGUGGGGGUGGAGGGUUUUUACCUUUAAUUAAUAAACAAAAAGGAUCUUGGAUAAAAGGAAUGUUAAAAUCUCAAGAUCAGGCAUUGUGGAAUAGAAGUCUCUCAAAGGGCUUGGUGAAUAUUGUCUUAAUCAAACACUUCAGUUUCUGGAUGAAAAUGAUGUAAUUAUAUGGUUGGGAGAGUCAAAGAUUAUGUGAAAUUGGGGGUGUUUCCUGCAUCUUUGCAGGGGCAGCAGAAAUACAAUGCACCAGCACCCCAUUAAGCUCUGAUUUUUUUUUAAUUUAACUUCUCUUUUUUUUUUUUAAAACAAAUUAGUAACUGCACCAGAAAAGCAAACCCCCUAAGACAGGAGGUUUGAGAGUCAGAGCCAUCAAGAUGGUUUUUGCUUCAGCAAAGUGAUUUUUCCAUUGAGAACCAGGAGUUUGUCUCCCUUGUGCACCCCUUUCGCCGACUCCUCUCCACCUAUUUGUUAGAUUUAAACAGUUUUAUCCAAAUAAGCAAAGAAAGCAUCUGACUGUUUGAUAAUUGACAUGUUGAAUUAUUCCCUUGUACCUUCAUAAAUUCUGACACAUCCCAGUGUCCUGGAUCUACACAAGAAAUCAAUGGCAACAUUGCAUGAGUUUUUCUAAUAAUCAGUCUUGAACGGGAGGAAGAUUUCCUUCUCUCUUCUACCCCUCCCCCCAUUUUCCUUUCUCUCUUCUACCCCUCCCUCCCAUUUCCCCUUCUCCCUCCCUGCUCCACAUCUGAGGUCACCUGGAUUAUCCAAUCAGGAAGGCACAAGGUUUACAAAGUUGGGUUAAAAUCAUGAUGGGUAGCAAUUCCAGAACGAGAAUAAUUACACUACUGUUCAUCUGCUCGUGAGACAGCGUGCGAAGCUGUCUGUUGGCACUUGUCUGGAGGCUGAGACUCCACUAUGUAAGGACACAAACUUCCACUUUGAUUAGCCAUCCUCUUUAGUGAGUUUUAAAAAUGCCAUCUGUGGAGCCCAAGAGCUGGAUUUUUAUCCUAAAUGGAGAACACAUUUCCAUGACCCCCCCCUUUUGCCUACUCUUUACAUAUUACUAUUUUCUCUACACAGUUUUUCUCCACGCUAUUUUUUAAUUGAAAGACGAAUUAACAAAAUCCCCCUUCCCUCAUCAAAAAAAAUGUUUUUCUCCCCUGUUCCCAUGUGAUAUCUGCUUUCUGAGUGUCACAGGAUCGACGUCUCCGACAUCCUGUUUCUAACAAGCCUAGGCACAGGAUGGAAAGGCGGAUGUGAGCCUGCUUAGCACACAGCUGAGUGGCUUUCUUCCCUCGUGGGAUUCAUUUCUCAUUUUGGCAAGGGGCUCCUUUUUGUCUUCCCUCUCUCUGGGAGCAUUGUGUGUGAGCGAGAGGCAUACUAAGGGAACAAUAGGACCCAGACUCCAGGUGCCUUGCAGAAUGUUGACGCGGGGCUGGGAUUGCCACCGUCGCUGCUGCCACAAACCCUUUUUAUGUUCCAGCAGUGCCGUGUUGGAAUGAAUGGAUGCAUGUUUGCCCUGUCCCAGCCUCCUCUUCCUUUCUUUUCCUACUCUAUUCCUGCCUUCCUCAAAUUUUGUUCUCAUUGGUUUUUUUUUAAAAGUUGUGUGAAUUGCUUUUUUUUAAAGAGUUUUAUCUUGUUUGUGUGCAAGGCAGCACAGUGCAGUAGGCAAAUCCUUUUGGGAUGGGGAGGAAGAAGGGAAAGGGAAAGGAAUAUGGAGAAAAGUCCUUUAAACAGAUGGCAAAAUACUGAACAUGUGUAAAAUCCUGUAUCAUUUAUGAAAUAUGUAUAAAAGAGCAAUGUACCUUCUGGAACA